AUUUACUAUAUUUAUACUUUAUAGAUAUUUUUCCUCUCUGCAGGCCGAGUGUUUUUAUUACUUACCAAUAUCAAUCGGAGUUAUACUGCUAAACUCCAACUACUCCAUAAACAACCCCAAUUCACAAUAUGAGUACUAGAAGCAGUAAAUCUUAUUCCAACCUACAGGACUUAAACAGUAAACUUCUUCAGUCGCGACAGCAGCAACAACAACAAGCCAAAUUGACAUUUAAACCAGCAUUAUUACCAGUACUUAAUAGUCCUGAAGAUGUACGAGAUAGAUCAUCUACAUUUACUUCAAUAGAUUCACUUAAUUUUGAAAGUAUUCGUGAUACUUAUAUCCUUGGGUCUGAUUCGGAAGGGGACCUGAAUCAUCAUCAUCAUCACAGAAAUCAACAUCUUAGUGAAUCAGUUGAUAGUCAUAGUCAAAGUCAAAGUCAAAUUCAAAGUCAAAGUAAUAGUCAUAGUCCGGAUCCUCGACAUGUUCUUCAACCACCAGUUACUAAUUCUACAGGAGCUAAUAACGAUAAUGAUCAUCAUCAUAAUCCUGAAAGUCCAACUUGGAGAUUUAGUGAAAUUCUUAUUAGUUUCGGAUCAAUUAAAGAUAAAGAUGAAUACUAUAUUUUAUCUAAGGGAAAUGAUCUUAUAUUACUACUAAAGACAUAUCCUAAUCUUAAGAAUGAUAUUCUUAUUAAAAAUUUAAUUAAUCGAAUACAAUUUAUGUUUGUUCAUCGCGUUACUGAAAUAAGAAGUUUAGCCUAUAAAAUUUUAAGAUAUAUAAUAACUAAUUUUGAAAGUUUAAUGAUUCUUGUUCAAUCUAAAAUGUUGAUUUUUAUAAUCAUUACUAUGUCAACUACUCGAUCUUCAUUGGUCGAGAAAGAGCAAGCUUUAAAAUUAAUUAGAGAAUUCUUAACCAUUGAAAGAGGGUCAGAAUUAUUAUCUAUUGGAGUUAUUAAAUCAUUAAUUAGUGUAAUUGAAUGUAAUAAUGAACAUUUAAAUCAAUUAUCAAUUGAAUUAAAUGAUGAUAUCAAUAAUAUCAAUAACAAUAAUAACCAUAAUAAUAAUGGAAUGAGUUUUGAAACAAAUGAUCAUUAUCAAUCACAUCAAGGAAUUCCUGAUGGAUUUAAAAAUGUAUGUAUUGAAACCAUAUGUGAAAUUUCAUUAUCAAAUCCAGAACUUGUAUUUCAUAGUGGAGGUUUUAAAGUUAUAAUAAAUACUUUAAUUGAUGGGAAUUUUGAAAUGUCUACUAGUUGUCUUGUUAUUCUAUUUAAAAUUUUAGAUUAUAAGAAUAAUCGAAAAUUUUUAAGAAAUGGAUUUGAUCUUAAUUCUAUAAUAUCAAUAUUUUCUAAUGAAUUAGGGAAUUCUACUAAUGAUUCAUCUUCAUCUAAAUAUAAGAAAUUAAAUAAUUCUCGACUUCAAAAAAUUUCAUUUUUAAUUACAUUAUUACUUAAAAAUUUUAAUGGAUUAAUGGCAUUCUCAAUAAAUCAAUUUGAAACAUUAAAUGAAUUAAUAAUUAAUCUUCGUAAAAAGCAUCCAAAGAUUAGAGAUUAUAUUCUUGAUAUAAUUUUUGAUAUUUUAAGAAUUAAAAGUUUACCAUGGUUAAGUUCAACUUCUAUUGGAGAUAAUAUUAAUAAAUUUAAUAAUUAUUUAAAUCCAACUAAAUCAGAUAAGGGUUCAUUUAUUUAUCAAGAAUUAAAUAAAUCAGUUAAUGAAUUUGAAUAUAACCUUAUAAAUCAUUAUCGAGGUUUAUUAACUUUAAUACUUAUUAAGAAUAAUAUAUUCCAAUAUUUAACUGAAAUUAUUGAAGAAAAUACUGAUUCUGAUAAUACAACUAAAGCAACUAUAUUAUUAACUAAUAUUUAUUCAUUAGCUAAUAAUUUAUUACCACCAGAAUUAAUUAAUAAAGAUUUAAUACUUCCAAAAUUUUCUUCAUUAUCAUCAUCAUUUGAAUUUGAAAAAUUUACCAGAACUAAAUUUCAUCCUUCAAAAGUAUAUAAUAAGAAUCUUCAAAAUUAUAUUUCUACUAUAAAUCAAAGAUCUAAAUAUAAUAUUGAAGAUUCUGAAAUUAAAGCAUUAAUUACUAAUACUAAAGUAAUUCAUAUUAAAGAAUUUGAAGAAUGGAAUUGGAAAACAUUAUCUACUUUAAUUCAAGGUCCAUUAACUAAUCCAAAACGAUUUGAUGAAAUUUUAGAAAAGAAUCCUAAAUUUCUUAAACGAUUAAUAUCAUUUUAUCGACCAUUUAAAUUUAGAUUUUGUAAUUUACCAUUAUCUAAACGUCAAAGUUCUACAUAUCUUGAAAUUGGAGUUCAAUUAUUUGAAAUGUUAGUAGGAUUUGAAAGUGGUCUUAAAUAUUUAUCAAGUUGUAAAAUUCUUCCUCAAUUAUCAGAAAUUUUUGCUCAAAUUGAUCCUUAUAGUGGGAUUGAUAGUAAAGAUCCAAUAUUAUCUCGAGAAAAAUUACGUAAUACUUGUAGUUAUGGAUAUCUUCGAUUUAUUGGAGUAUUAACUACUAAACUGGAAGGAUUAAAAUUAUUAGAAAAAUGGCAAUUUACUAAUUUACUUUUAAAUAUUAUUGAUAAUUCUCGUUUAAGUCAUAAUACUGAUUAUUUAAUUGUAAAUUUAUUUAAAUAUGUGGAUUUUACUAAAGAUAGUCAAUUUCGAAAUUUAUUAAGUCAAUGCUUAAAAAUAUCAAAUUUUAAAGUUAAAUAUGAUUUAUUAAAUCAUUUAAUUCCUAAAUUAUUAAAUACUAAAGAAUGUGAAUUAUUUAUUUUAAAAUUAUUAGUUAAUAAUUUAUAUGAUGAAAGUGAAGGAGAAAUUGAAACUAAUCAUAUAGUAUCAGAUUCUAUUGAUUUAUUAUAUGAUUAUUUUAAUAAACUUGAAAAUUUAGAUAAUUUACCAUACUUUAUUAAUUUAAGACCUUCAAUAACUAUCUUAAAUUCUCAUCAUAAUGGGAAAAGAUUAUUAUUAAAUUUUCUUAAACUGUCAUUAGGAUUUAAAUAUCUUGAUGAAUUUGGAUAUAUUGAUGAAAGAUUUAAUAAUUGGGUUAUAACUGAUGGAUUUCAAUAUCUUAAUAAGAUUGAAACUCUUAUCUAUGCAAAUUUCUUUCCUUAUGUUACUAUAGAAACUACUAAUAGUAAUGAUUCUGAUUAUUAUUCAAUUAAUUUCUUUAAAUAUUUAUUAUCAACUGAAGAAGGAUUAAAUUAUUUUACAAAUUUUCAUCAUAAGAAUUAUAUUGAUCAAUUAAUUAAAAAUACAGAAAUAGUUGCUAAUAAAUUACUUCAUGAUGAUGAAUUCUUAGAUAAUUUUGAGAAUAAUUAUAAUGAUAAAGAAGAACAAAAUCGUCAUUUAAUAUUACUUAAUAAUUUAAAACAAAAUCUUUGGAUUAUUGGUAAUAUUGCUAGUGGAACUUAUGGUAUACAAUUAUUAUUAAAUAAUACUAUGUAUACUGGAGAAAUUGAUACAUCAAUUAUUAGUACUAUAUUAGAACUCUUUAAAUUUUGUCCAAUUUGGCAAAUAAGAGGUAUAUGUUUUUAUGUAUUAGGUAUGAUAUCUUCUACUGAAGAAGGAGUAGAAAUUCUUGAUGAACUUAAUUGGGUAACUGUAUUUGAUCAAUAUUCUCAUAGUAAAAGUUUAUGUUAUCCUCGUCAAGAUAUUACUAAUAUAUUUAAUGUGGAAAUUACUAAUCCUUAUAGAAAUAAUCGUUAUUAUGCUAUUUUUAAUAGUGGAACUUCAGCUACUUUAAAUAUUACUGAUAUGUGGAAUGAUAGUAGAAAUGGUUCAUUAUCAGCAGAAGGUUUAAUAGGUGAUAGUACUAAUAAAAUUAAUGAUAAUUCUACUAAUUCAUCUCAUAAUUCAAGAGAGAAUUUAAUCUUAUUUGAUACUAAUGAAAUAAUUAAUAAUAGAGUCAUUUAUCUCCUUCAAUAUUUGAAUGCUGUGAUUGGGAAAAUUGAACGGAAAGCCACUAAAGAAUUAAUUAAACUUAAACGUUCAUCACCAGAGAUAUUUGAAAAUACUCAAUUAUUUCUUGAAGUUAUCAAACUCAUCGACAAGGGUAACUUUAAGUUUGAAAAGAGAAAAUUUAUAUUUGAUCUCUUUCUCAAUACUAAAGUAUUGGAGACUUUACUUAAACGGGAGAGAAAGAAUUCUAUUAAAGUAUAG